AUGUCUACCGAACCAUACAAAAACGUUUCUUUACUACCACAAACUAAUCAACUAGUUGGUCUAUAUUCUAUCAUUAGAGAUAAGGGUACAGCAAGACCUGAUUUUAUUUUCUACUCCGAUAGAAUCAUCAGAUUGUUAGUCGAAGAAGGUUUGAACCACUUACCUGUUGAAAAGAAGGAUGUUUUGACCCACACCGGUGAAAAUUUCGACGGUGUUGGUUUCUUAGGUAAGAUCUGUGGUGUCUCUAUUGUUAGAGCUGGUGAAUCUAUGGAACAAGGUCUAAGAGACUGUUGUAGAUCUGUUAGAAUCGGUAAAAUUUUGAUCCAAAGAGAUGAAGAAACCGCUUUACCAAAACUUUUCUAUGAAAAAUUACCUGAAGAUAUUGCUGACAGAUACGUGUUUUUGUUGGACCCAAUGUUAGCUACUGGUGGUAGUGCUAUCAUGGCCACUGAUGUCCUGAUCAAGAGAGGUGUUAAGCCAGAAAGAAUCUUCUUUUUGAACUUGAUCUGUAGUAAAGAAGGUAUUGACAACUACCAUGCUGCUUUCCCAGAGGUUAGAAUUGUCACUGGUGCUCUUGACAAGGGUCUAAACGAACAAAAGUACUUAGUCCCAGGUCUAGGUGACUUUGGUGACAGAUACUACUGUAUUUAA